AAAAUUUACAAUAAGAUGUGUGAAAAUUAGCAUGUGCUAAUAUGUGGAGACAAACUCUCCAUGGCAUGACACGAACCCAAUCCACAGCAUCGCACACUUGUUUCUCUCAGUUCUCGACAUCGUUCUUUCGUCUUGAAGCUGAUGUCUGUUCCUGUGUCCAACCUUGGUCCUAAUCUCACCGUUUCAAAGCUCUGCUUAGGAACCAUGACUUUUGGGGAGCAGAACACGUUCCCCCAAUCACUUCGCCUUCUAGAUCAAGCCUUUCAUGCUGGCAUCAACUUCUUUGACUCUGCUGAAAUGUAUCCGGUGCCUCAGCGUGCUGAGACUCAGGGGAGGUGUGAGGAGUAUCUUGGCCGUUGGAUCAGACAAAGGAAAAUUCCCAGGGAUCGUCUUGUGAUUGCAACUAAGGUUGCUGGACCAUCUGGGCAGAUGACUUGGAUAAGAGGUGGUCCGACAUGUUUGGAUGCUAGCAACAUUAUGGAAGCUAUUGAUAACAGUUUGUUGCGGAUGCAAAUGGAUUAUAUUGAUCUUUAUCAAAUUCAUUGGCCUGAUCGCUAUGUUCCAAUGUUUGGAGAAACUGAUUAUGACCCAGUUCGGCAAUAUCCCUCAAUUAGUAUAGAUGAACAACUUGAAGCUCUCAGCAGAGCUGUGGAAGCUGGUAAGAUCAGGUACAUUGGUCUUAGCAAUGAAACACCAUAUGGCGUGAUGAAGUUUAUUCAGGCCGCAGAAAAAUUUGCUUCCUACCCAAAGAUAGUAUCUUUACAGAAUUCGUAUAGCCUGCUCUGUAGAACUUUUGAUUCUGCAAUGGCUGAGUGCUGCCAUCAGGAGAGUAUUAGCCUGUUGGCCUAUAGUCCCCUCGCAAUGGGUUUACUUUCAGGGAAAUACUUUUCCCCUAGUGGAGGUCCGGAAGAUGCUCGGUUCAAUCUCUUUAAAGGGAAGUAUUCAGAAGGAGAGUCCAGAUACAACUUGUCCAACAAAGUUAUGCAGGCCGCUGCUAAGGAAUACCUUAAUCUUGCAAAAACAUAUGGUCUUCAUCCUGUCUCUCUUGCUAUAGCCUUUGUUUUGCGAAAUCCCCUUGUUGCUAGUGCUGUUUUUGGGGCUACCAAAUCAUGGCAGCUCCAGGAGGUUCUAAAUGCAUGCAAGAUCAAUCUCACAUCUGAAGUGAUUGAAGAAAUUGACAAGAUUCAUUCAAGGUUUCCAAAUCCUUGUCCCUGAUGAAUGCAAAUAGCUUCAAUGAUCCACGUCUGUAAGAGAAAGAGACUAUUUUCUACCCGGAUAUUCCCCGUUUGAGAAACUGUAGCUUGCUCUCAACAAGUUUGUCCCAACAAAUGAUUUUUCUAACGAUGAGUUAUAUGUGGGGUCUAAUUUACUUACAACUAGAUUAUGCUCUCCUUUCCCUUUGAGAUCUCAGUAGUUGAUUUUAAGUCUAAUUAUCUGAAAAAAAUCUUUUUGUCCCAUCUCCACCUUUAAAGUCCUAACCCAUGGUCCGAGUUCUGAAUUCUUUUGAACAAUUAAAUAUAAAAUUGAUGACUCAUAUUUCAAAUGGAGAGAGAUCGGAGAUGAUCCAAACAUUAUAUGCUUUCGACAUAGAAUCAAGUAUAUGUAGAUAAUAAAUAAUAAUAAGCAUCAA